AAGCGGGAAGGGGAGGGAAUUAACGGAGAGAGAUCGCGAUCGAGAGAUAGAAGGGGGGCGAAGCGAAACCCAUUAAUGGAGGAGCCCCCUUUUCCUCUCUCUCUCUCUCUCCCCCUCUCUCCCUCCCGAGUGUUCUUUGAGGUUGAUCCUUAUUUCUUUCUAUCGAUUUGAUCAGUGGAGGAGGGUUUUGGGUGCGAUGAUAAUCGGUUCCAUCCAAGAUCACGAGGUUCGAUUCCUCCUCUUAUUUAACGAUCAACCUCUCUCGAGUCUCGACACGAUCCUUGAUUCAAUUUGCACAAUUAUUGUUUCUUAAUUGAGGCGAGGAUGUGUCGUAGAUCGAGGAUCGGAUCUAGCGUUCUUCGAAAAACCAUGAGCGGGGUUCAGCGUUACCGGACCGUUACGCUUGGCCGGCAUCUCUGUAACAUUUCGAAUCUUCGAUCCCCACUCAACCCUCCAUCAGGAAUCGGCCGCCCAGAGAAAUAGAUAAAAAAAGCAAGAGUGCAGUGAGACCCAGCGGAGUUCAAAAAGCUAAACCAACUCCCACCGACCUAGGGUUUUUCCCGCUCACCUCCUCAGUUUCCCUUCGCUCUCUCUCCGAUCUGCGGCGACCUGAGAUCCGACGCUCCCCCUCCCCGCCGCGACGAUGCAGAGCUCUGGCGCCGCCUCCUCCGCUCCGCCGCGCCCGGAGGCGAUCGUGGAGUGGCUCCAAAAGGAGAUGGGGUACCCCUCGCCGGCCCCCUCCGCCGAUCAGCUCCGCAAGAUCUGCCGCGGUAACAUGGUGCCCGUGUGGAGCUUCCUCCUCCAGCGCGUGCGCUCGGAGCGCACGGUGGCUACGGCGCGGCGCAACAUCCUCGUGCACGGCGCGGCGGGGGAGUCGGCGGCGGCGGCGGCGGCGCGGCGGAGGAGAGGAGGGGGGAUCGUCGGCGACGAGGAGGCGCGGGAGGCGGCGGCGAGGGAGAGGGAUCUGGCGGAGGAGGAGGCGGAGCGGCUGCGGAGCGUGGUGAGGAGGCAGCGGAAGGAGCUGCGGGCGCGGAUGGCGGAGGCCGCGAGGGAGGAGUCCGAGCGGAAGCGGAUGCUCGACGAGAGGUCCAACGCCAGGCACAAACAGGUAAUGCUGGAGGCAUAUGACCAGCAAUGUGAUGAGGCAGCUAAAAUAUUUGCCGAAUACCAAAGGCGUCUUCAUCAGUAUGUGAAUCAAGCCAGGGAUAUUCGCAGGUUGAAUACGAGUGGUGCUGAUGCAGCUGAGGAUCUCCAAGUACAUAUCGAGAAGGAAGCAGUUUACUCCACCGUCAAGGGCAACAGGCUGUUAGAUGAUGUAGUUCUUAUAGAGACCUCGCAGGAAAGAAAUAUACGGAAGGCAUGUGAAACUCUUGCUGGUUGUAUGAUUGAAGUUAUCCAUAGUACUUUCCCAGCAUACGAAGGGAGUGGUAUCAAUGUGAAUUCCCAGUUAGAUGCUGUGAAGUUGGGUAUUGAUUUGGAAGGUGAAAUACCUGAAGAUGUUAAAGCAGUAGCAACAGAUGCACUGAACAACCCUUUGCUGCUGCUUCAGUCGAUUACUAUGUACACAUCGCGUGUUAAGACACUUAUUCAUAAAGAAACAGAGAAGAUUGACAUCAGAGCUGAUGCAGAACUCCUAAGAUUCAAGUAUGAAAAUGAUACAGUAAUUGAUGCUGCAUCUCCUGAUGGAAGCUCGCCCUUACCAUAUCAGAUAUAUGGUAACAGGAAGUCUGGAUCAGAGUUGUCAACUAAGGGAACUUAUAAUCAGCUUCUUGAAAGACAAAAAGCACAUGUGCAACAAUUUGUAGCCACGGAAGACGCAUUGAACAAGGCUGCUGAAGCUAAAGCCUUAUGCCAAAAGCUUUUGAAACGCUUACAUGGAGGCAGCGACUUGGUUACAUCUCAGAAGCUGCCUGCUGGGAAUGCUUCACAUAACUUGGGUAACAACAGGCAUCUGGAGCUAGAUGUUUGGUCCAAGGAAAGAGAGGUUGCUGGAUUGAGGGCGAGCUUGACUACAUUAACAUCUGAGGUGCAACGCUUGAAUAAGCUGUGCGCUGAGUGGAAAGAAGCAGAAGAUUCCUUGAAGAAGAAGUGGAAGAAAAUAGAAGAAUUUGAUGCUCGUAGAUCAGAACUUGAAUGCAUUUACAGUGCCCUUCUUCGGUCCAACAUGGACGCAUCAGCAUUUUGGGACCAGCAACCAUUAGCUGCCAGAGAAUAUGCAUCAAGGACUAUAAUUCCAGCAUGCACUUCCGUGGUGGAGAUGUCAACUAAUGCAAAGGAUCUCAUUGAGAAGGAACUAUCUGCCUUCGACCAAAGUUUGGAUAAUAGCCUAUACAUGUUGCCGGCAACUCCACAGGCACUUUUGGAGGCUGUGGGUGCUAAUGGUGCUACGGGAGCUGAAGCGCUUGCAUCUGCCGAAAAGAAUGCUGCUAUGUUAACAGCAAGAGCUGGUGCAAGAGAUCCAUCUGCAAUUCCAUCUAUUUGUCGUAUUUCUGCUGCUCUCCAGUGUAAUCCUGGUACAGAAGGCUCUGAUGCUGGGCUGGCAUCAAUUCUAGAAUCCCUAGAGUUCUGUCUAAAGCCUCGUGGUUCUGAGGCUAGCAUAUUAGAGGAUUUGUCCAAAGCAAUAAAUCUUGUUCAUAUAAGGCGGAACCUUGUUGAAAAUGAUCGUGUAUUGUUGAACCAUGCACGCCGUGUGCAACAAGAAUAUGAGAGGAUUGCCAAUUAUUGUCUGAAGUUGGCUGGUGAACAAGAGAAAGUUGUUACUGAGAGAUGGUUGCCGGAGCUCAGCAAUGCUGUUCAAGAUGCUGAAAGAUGCUUGGAGGAUUGCCAACGAGUCAGGGGCUUGGUCGAUGAGUGGUGGGAGCAGCCAGCGGCAACAGCUGUGGACUGGGUGACCGUAGAUGGGCAAAGUGUUGGCGCGUGGCUCAACCUUGUGAAGCAGCUUCAGAUGGCUUUCUAUGAUCAGAAACUCUUAUAAUUACUCGCCAGCCCUCUUUUCUAUCUCUCCGUCCAGCCCAAUCUGCAGAAGCUGGUGAGUUUCAUGGCCGUUGUUCCACCAUUUCAAUUUGAGCUGUGUAUUUAAUUCUUAUGUAUAGAUAGUAAAGGGAAUUGGAUCUUCCUGUAACAUGCCCUUUCGUGCCUUUUUUUGUUGCUAUUUUCCCAUUACUUGUAUGUUUGUUACCUUACGUUCUUUUAGCCCCUUUCUCACUCCGGUUUUAUCUGAUUCCCUCUUUUUUCUCAUGGAGUUUUUUGACUCAAAAGUAAAGGCUUGGAUGAAUUUGACCUA